AUGGCUCUCAGCUUCUACAACAAUUGGUCAGGCCAUGAAGCCGCCUACUCCUCUUUUUUCCGGCCACCGUCACCAUCGCCGGAGCUGUAUACUUUCCAUGAAGACUAUACAUUUUACGAUACCGGAUUCAGCCCACUUUUCGACCCUAACUACAGCAACAAUCUAGAGGUAAUUCCCAGUUUGGGGUCCUGUAAUUAUUCAGAUGUUCUCCCACCAGUUAUACCCACCGGAAAUGUAUUGCUUCCGUCGCCGGAAUUACUUCAAGUCUCCAGCUUUACAUAUCAAGAUCCUUACUACAACGUACCCAACUCGGGUGCUUUUGAUCGUGCACAUUUGUCCCAAUUUUGUACGGAGUAUAGAAUGGUGCCGGAGAUACCAUCAGAACUGCCGCCAUUGCCAGAAAUCUACCAAGGUGGUGGUUGUGCUGCUACUUUGCCUCCUUGGUACGACUCUAGAUACGGGAAUCGUAUCGAUCAGGAUGAGGAGAGCUGUAAGGUACAAGUGAAGAAACAGAAUGUAGGUAACGGAAGAAGGAGCUUAUCAGCGCAGAGUAUGGCGGCGAGAGUGAGGCGGAGGAAGAUAAGCGAGAAGACGCAAGAGCUAGGAAAGCUUAUUCCCGGCGGCCAUAAGAUGAACACGGCGGAGAUGUUUCAAGCUGCUUUCAAGUACAUCAAGUUCUUGCAGGCUCAAGCUGGUGUUCUCAAACUCAUGAACUCAAUUCCGGAAACUGAAGAACUGUUGCGUAAUGGCGAAAUGCAAGGCUUGGUGACUUGUACUUUGAUGCAAGAGAAGUUGUACACUGAAGAGAAGUGCAUUGUGUCGAAACAUUUUGCAGAAACCCCAAGCAAAUGA